AUGGCUCCUCGACGGCUACAUGGGCCAACCAAACUCAUUAUCGACUUCGAUGGAACGCUCACUGUCAACGACACUAUGGCAAUCCUUGGUCGACUGCCGAACAAUCCUCCCAUAUCUUGGCGUGAAACUUCCGAGGCUUAUAUGAGAGAUUAUCAGGUAUUCAAAGACACGCCUUACCCAUGGAAGAACUAUGAUGAAGAAGAGUACAGUGGCUGGCUGGCGUCACGCAAAUGGGUCGAGCAGCGCAGUGCACAGCGUGUACAGGAUGCUGGCUUCUUCAGAGGCGUGACUAGACAGGAUGUCCAUGGCAUUGUGGUGGCUGCUUUGGACGAUGGUAGUCUUCUACUGCGAGAUGGAUGGCUGGACCUUUUCGAGUUGUUUGUGACCGGUCAGGAAGAGGAACAACCCACAUCUGCCAGCAGCAUCAGCAUCAUAAGCGUCAACUGGAGCGAAUCGUUCAUCCGACGGGCUUUGUGGCAAGCCGCUCAGCGGUCCAGCCACGCGUACAAGGCUGCCAUAUGCCAUUACAUUGACCGCAUGGAGAUCUACGCCAACGAGAUCGAAGGACUUGACACACCUGAAGGCAGCUCAGGAGUCGUCUGUCGCGAGUCUGGACAGGACAUCCGAACCAGUGACGACAAGCUAGGCUACAUGCCUGAUACGUCUUCUGCCCCAGUCGAUGGGUCGAGCUCGUUGAUAGUCUACUUGGGCGACUCUUCGACAGACUUCGAUUGCUUGCUGACGGCCCACGUCGGAGUAUGGGUCUCCGACGUGAGCUUCGAGCAGCAUCAGCAGGCCUUCAAGGAGACGUUCAAGCCUUUCAAUGGCUUUGUCCCUGAACCCUUGUCGAAUGAGAGCAUCACCACAGACAUGAUAUGCUGGUCUCCAGAUCUCCAUCAAGUCUUGAAUUUGUUGACGAAGCCGCGCUGA